CACAUGGCUGUACCAGGCACUGCGGGAAGGCCCGUGAGUUCAGAGCGUGGAGCAGAUGCGCGAGGUGGCCUCGGGAGCGGCCCGCAUCCGUGGGGAGACGCUGGGCCUCAUCGGCUUUGGUCGCACGGGACAGGUGUUGCAGUUCGAGCCAAGGCCUUUGGAUUCAGCGUCAUAUUUUAUGACCCCUACUUGCAGGAUGUGAUCGAGCGGUCCGUGGGCGUGCAGAGGGUCUACACCCUGCAGGAUUUGCUGUAUCAGAGCGACUGCGUCUCCUUGCACUGCAAUCUCAACGAACAUAACCACCACCUCAUCAAUGACUUUACCAUAAAGCAGAUGAGGCAGGGAGCAUUCUUUGUGAACCCAGCCCUUGGUGGCCUGGUGGACGAGAAAGCCUUAGCACAAGCCCUCAAGGAGGGCACGAUACGAGGGGCAGCCCUCGACGUGCAUGAGUCGGAGCCCUUCAGCUUUGCUCAGGGUCCGUUGAAAAAUGCCCUGAAUCUCAUCUGCACUCCUCACACUGCCUGGUACAGCGAGCAGGCGUCACUGGAGAUGAGGGAGGCAGCUGCCACCGAGAUCCGCCGAGCCAUCACAGGUCGCAUCCCAGAAAGCUUAAGAAAUUGUGUGAACAAGGAAUUCUUUGUCACAUCAGCGCCUUGGUCAGUAAUAGACCAGCAAGCAAUUCAUCCUAAACUCAAUGGUGCCACAUACAGAUAUCCUCCAGGCGUCGUGGGUGUGGCUCCAGGAGGACUUCCUGCAGCCAUGGAAGGGAUCAUCCCUGGAGGCAUCCCAGUGACUCACAACCUCCCGACAGUGGUACAUCCUUCCCAAGCGCCCUCUCCCAACCAGCCCACAAAACACGGGGACAAUAGAGAGCACGCCAACGAGCAAUAGCAGAGAAUGCCGGAAGGUAAUCACUCAGAUACACUUGGGACCAAGAGACAGUGAAAAAUAGAUGAACUAAGAGAAAAAGAAUCGGAUGGUCUUUGUAACUGAUUCUGGGCAUAUGCAUCAUUGAUGUUGCAGUGUUAAAACUACAAGAGCUAGAAAACUGAAGAUGUCGUCUGCUUACGGAAGCGCUGAAAGACUAGGAUGUGAUUUAUUAACGAUCAACUUCUGUUAUUGUGUGUUAAGUUUUUCA